CAAUAAAAACGCAGCAGUAAACAGAGGCAAUUUUACCGACAUCGAGAGGUCAAAACAACAAUCCCACCGUUGGAUAUGAAGAAGAGGAUCUCAGGAACAACAUACUAAAAUUUCAUCCCGAUCGGAGCUCGUUUGGUCGUCGAUCGGAGCACAAAACCAGGCUGCACCUCUCUUUUUCUCUCUUCUUCCUUCUCUCGGAGGGAUACCCCAACAAUUUGGUACAUCCAAGUUUUUUCUAUUUAAUGUGCUUAUAAAAAGCUAGUUUUUUACUCAUUUGUCCAAAAACAAUGCUACCAAAUGGGUUCACAAGAUUGUUUGGAAUGGAAAGUGAGGGUAAAUGUGGCUAUUGGGGUAGCAGAAGGAUUGCAUUACCUUCAUUCUGAUUGUCACAGGCGCAUCAUCCACAGAGACAUCACUGCUUCAAACAUAUUGCUUACUGAGGAUUUUGAACCACAGAUAUCGGACUUUGGACUGGCAAAAUGGCUCCCAGAAAAUUGGGUGAAUCAUGUAGUUUCCCCAAUCGAAGGCACAUUUGGAUAUAUGGCUCCUGAAUAUUUUAUGCAUGGAAUUAUUGAUGAGAAGACUGAUGUCUUUGCCUUUGGGGUUUUGCUGUUGGAACUUAUAACUGGUCGCCGUGCAGUUGAUUCUUCAAGGCAAAGCCUUGUGAUUUGGGCAAAACCUCUGCUAGAGAAAAAUGACAUCAAAGCAAUAGCAGAUCCCCGACUGGGAGAUGCGUAUGACACCGAUGAAAUGAAGCGCGUCAUGUCUGCAGCUGGAAACUGCAUUCAUCACGUGGCCAACAAUCGCCCCACCAUGAAGAAGGUUAUCCAGAUUCUCAAAGGGGAGAAAGAAGAGGUGGAAACGAAGCCAAAGUCGAUGGAAGGGAGACCGUUGUUCUCUGGUUCUAUAGACUUGGAAGACUACACCUCCACAACGUAUCUCACGGAUCUCAAUCGCCAUAUGCAGCUAGUAAUGGAAUGAUACUUAUGAUGAGUCCUUCUAACACCGUUUCUUCCGUUUUUUUUGUUUAAAAAAAACCCAGUGUUGUUGUAUAUAUGAAGAAGAAGCUUCAAUAUGUGAAUGUGUUGAGUGUUGUAGCACUAGCAGCUAAGGACAAUAACUUUGGGAUGUUUAU